AUGUCAGCUGUUGAGCAUGGUGCUAACUCUGCUUCCCGCAAGAUCCUCGCUCUCCACCAGAAGGAAAUUGAUGAGAAGACAAACCACCACGAGAAGGUUCAUGGUGUAGACCCACUCCAUACAUCUCACAAGGAAGUCCAAGUCAAGAAGGCUCCAGUUGCUCACGGUCAUGCUGGUCAGGGCAAACCAGCCGCUGCUCCAGCCGGUGAUGCUGCCAAGGCUCCAGCUGCUGCUGCUGCCGCCGAUAAGAAGCCAGCUGAAAAGAAGAAAUAA